UCUUCAACUGCAGAAAAAGCUGUCUACCUUGUGAUUUUUCAUCUGUCAUUUUUCAUGUUUGUAUGGUCUUACUGGAAGACAAUUUUCACAUCUCCUGCAUCCCCCUCUAAAGAGUUUUGUUUGUCAAAAGCUGAUAAAGAACAAUAUGAAAAAGAAGAGAGACCAGAAUACCAGCAGGAGAUUUUGAGAAGAGCUGCUAAAGAUCUGCCUAUCUAUACGACAACAGCAUCGAGAGCAAUCAGAUACUGUGAUCGAUGCCAGCUAAUCAAACCCGACCGCUGCCACCACUGUUCUGCAUGUGACAUAUGUGUACUAAAAAUGGAUCACCACUGUCCAUGGGUGAAUAAUUGUGUGGGAUUUUCUAACUACAAAUUCUUCCUCCUGUUUUUAAUGUAUUCCUUACUGUACUGUCUGUUUGUUGCUGCUACAGUCUUGCAGUACUUCAUAAAGUUUUGGACAAAUGAAUUGAAUGCAAAAUUCCACAUCCUAUUCCUUUUCUUUGUGGCAGCCAUGUUCUUCAUCAGCAUAUUGUCACUCUUCAGCUACCACUGCUGGCUAGUUGGCAAAAACAGAUCAACCAUAGAAACAUUCCGUGCACCUACAUUUCGAAAUGGUCCUGAUAAAAAUGGCUUUUCUCUUGGAUGCAGCAAAAAUCUGAGGGAGGUUUUCGGAGAUGAAAAGAAGUAUUGGCUAAUCCCUAUCUUUACCAGUUUGGGCGAUGGGUGUAAUUUCCCAACUCGUUUGGUGAUUAUGGAUCCAGAGCAACUUGCUGUCUCAAGCCAAAAUGAACCUGCCAAAAGCUCUGGACCAAAUCAGUCCUUUCCUACUCGACCACUCAGUGAAUCACAAAAUCGGUUGCUAACCAGUGACAGUCAGUGGGUGGAAAGUGUCCCUGAAGAGGAAAAUGUUAAAUCAGGUGCAAAAAAGCAUAUUAUAGUUUCAUUGGAAAGCUGAUCUCAGUUUAUUACUAACCAACCAUCUCAGUGAGAAACAGGUUUCUGCAACGCAUCUUGUGCUUGAAUAUUACUUAAUUUUGUUUGGAAGAAGUUGAUCAGUAAAAUAUGGAACACAAACAUUUUAGGAAGAGACAAGAAAUUCAAGUUUCUGCACAGUACAAUGGAUUCUUGUAAGCACUAUUGCAGAGCAGGGAAGUUAAGACAGAUGCCUUAAGAUUCUUAAUGUGCAUUUAUGCAACACUGAAUUAUAUACUGCUACCAAAGGGCCAAACCCUGAAGUGCCCUGCUUGGAUGCACGAGGUCCGGAGUGGGAACUAUGCAUUUCUGUUAUGCUGCAGUGGUGGGGGUUGAUUGCAGAGACUCCUACCUCCCCACGGGCAAACUUCUUACCUUAGGCACUGCAGAAGUCACAUCCAUAGCAGGUCUCCAGGGAACAGAAAGAAAAAAGAAAAGGAAAAAAACAGGGAGGGGGGUGGAAAUCAACAUAGAGCAUGGACAGUGAGUCUGAGGUGUGACUAUAUGUAGUUCAGACACCAAGUGAUGGGGAAGGGACUGGAUGAAGUCUU